UGGCAACACGGUGACGAACGCGUCGUUUCCACUCCUACCAUCGUCUCCUCAACUCACUUCAACAAAGUUCCGUGGUACCAAGAUGCAACAAGGUGGUGGCGAACCACUACUUUUGUCUCAAUGAAGCUCCUCAUCUCACUGCAAUAAAGUUCCAUGGCACCAAGACGCCACCGGAUGACUCCAAAGAACACUUAUUGCUUGGACACGAGCACAAAAACCGUUAAUACGUUUUUUCUGCGAAUAAUUGAGGGUAGGUUAAACAAAAAUCUGCUCAACCGUGAAUGAGUGGGAGUAUUACAAAUACAAAGUAUUACAAAUCCUAAAAAAAGGAUCAAAGUUCAGCUCGCAUCCCAGAACAGAUUGUGUUCGACCUGAAUCUUCAUUGCUUUCCAUUGUGCUGAAUGCCAAAAACGAAAGUCAAACAGUCGCUCCUUUCUCCUGAAAACAUUGUUUACAUUCUGCAACAACAAAUAUUUUGCUACCACAACAGUGAAUGAGCUCUGAGGAUAUUUUCCAGAUGGUCGUUAACCUUUCUUUAAUGACCGCCAUUGAUGGCUACCUCUGCUGCAGGGGAUCAUUUCCGUAUUCCAGGCAUGAUUCCUGCACGGAUUAGCAUAUGUACAGUAAGUGCGUCAAGCACGGCAGACUUUUCCAUGAUUUCAUUUUGUUUUCCACUGAUGGUGUGCAGGAGGACAACGAAUUGGGUUUCAUUUCCAAUAAUUGUGCUGAAGAGGUAACAAGAAUCCAGUUAUUAUGAAAUAGAGACAGCACAUUUACAAUGAUUUUGGAAUGAAUCGGAAUGUUACAUAGUGUAGCUAGCUAGCAGCAAUACUACAGCAAGAGUGGAAACGUUUGAACAGUUUAAUGUGCGGGAUAACAUUGAAAUAGUGGAAUCUGUGGAUUCUAUCACAGGGCGGUAAACACGACAUUCAUUUAUUGCCGCUGAAGUUGACCACAUUUUGUUUCACGAAGCUGUUUGACCAUCAUUUUCUAUUCAUUUUUUUUUUUCAUAAGGUAAUUUUGAAAGUAACCUUAUAGCUAGUUAGUAGUCACGUAAAUGGCAAAAGAAGUGACACAAGUAAACUUUUUUUUUUUUACUGUUUUAGUGAAAAAUGCGUGGCAAAAAGUUUCAAAUCCUAGUUAUUAUUGUCAUUAGCGUUUUUGCUGUUUGGCUUAUCAUCAGCCAUACGCUUGUGAAAGCUUUAGAACAGUGCACCAUGACGUCGCACGUUCUUGCAGGUGGCAUUAGACGCAGCUUUCUCUGAAGGAAUCACUCGUAAACAAUGUUUCACACGGAUAUUUAUUGCAGACGGACGCAGUGUCGGGCCACUGAUAAACUGCCAAAAACAACAGAGGAGCAUCUGUAAGUGAUUUGUAAGACGCUAUUAGGUGUGUAAUGUACAUAUAACAUAAUGUAGGAGUGAGCUAGCACCAUCUUCUCUGUCCAACUAUUUAGUGUACAACGUCCACUAGGUUCCACUGAAUUAAUUACAUUUUUUUUCAGGAAAUUGGAGGGGAAAAAAAAAAAAAAAGAGUUGACCUUUUGUGCUAUAUCGGGCAUUUUUCUCAUCAUUUCAAUUCAGUUCAGUGGUCGUCGAUCACUUUUUUGCCACGCGAACGUAUCCUGGCGCCUGUACAGUUCAAACAUUAUUCAUCUGUGUCCAAAGCGGUCAACUUGUUUUCAUUCCCUUGCAAAUCAGAAUGGAUGAGUUCGUCACAAAGACUGUGGCCAUCUACGGCCAUGCGUUUCGACAGUUGUCUUAUCUUUGUUUUGAUGACAUCGCGAAACGAGUAUUGACUGUGUACCUUGUAAUGACCCGGCAAGGGAAGUUAACAGUCUUUGCCAUUUGUUGUACUUCAUGUCUUCUGCUCUGAUCUCCUUGUUGUUCUCUUCUUCUUGAUUAUUAUUAUUUUGUUUUUAUUACUCAUCUCACUGUGUCUUUCUCAUUCCCUGUUGGUCAAUUGCCUUCCAUUGCGAGCGGCCAUCCGGAAUCACGCAAGCUUUGCUGUCUUGCAUGAAUACUGCGAGCCACACAGGAAUGCGGUCCUACAUCUACAAUAAGAACUCUGUGAUUGGCUCGCAGGCGGAACACUGCGGGAUGCGGACGUAUUUCUUCAGCGCGGACACACAGGAGGACAUGAACGGCUGGAUCCGGGCCAUGAACCAGGCGGCGCUGAUGCAGCAGAGUCACAGCAUUAAGAGAGAGAGAGAGAGGCCAGAGAAAAGCGUCCAGCAGGAACUUCCUCAAAGCAACCACGUCAACCAGAAGGCGCCUCCGUCAGAAAGCUCGCUCAGGACGGACAGAGAGCGCCCUCGGGAUGAUGCUGCGCGACUGGCUCCCGGGGAAGAGGGGAAGUACGUGUUGGAGGUCCAAGGGAGGCCCAGGCUGUCGGAUCCAAGAGAGAGGCUCUCUCCUAACUCGCUGGACGGCGCCCCUCCGAGGAACGGCCAUCCGAGUGGACGGCGAGCGAGCGUGCUGUCGGAACACCACAAUGGAAACCUGUUGUAUCUGAAGGGGACGGGCACUGAGAAACGUGCACAGAGGAAGAAUACGCUGGCUCAGGUGGAGCACUGGGUCAAAGUUCAGAAGGGCGACCCGCCAAAGAGCGCUCCCAGCUCUGCCGAGUACAAGCUCCCUCGGCGAACUCCGCCCUCACAGCCCAAAUCCGGCACAGCGGACGCGUCCUGUCAGUCGCUGCCAAAGUCCGGCGGCGCGUCUCCGUCGUUCGACCUGCCCGGCGACUACAAGUACGCCCACGACCGACUGAGCCACUUCCGCAUGUCCACGGACGAGCGCGUGGCCACCAAGGAGGGGAUGGUGUGGCAGCUGUACGAGUGGCAGCAGAGGCAGCAGUUCCGACACGGCAGCCCCACCGCGCCCGCCUACUCCGGCCCCGACUUCACCGACUCCUCGUCUUUCACGGUCACCGUGGAGAUGCCGCGCUCCAUCUCUGUGCCGCCGUCCCCCUGUGAGGUCCCGCCGUCCGUCUCCCCCUCGUUCAAGCCGCUGUCCCCCCGCAGGCCGCACACGCCUUCGGGCAGACGGACAGUCAGGCCGCUGGAUGAUUUGUCGAGUGCGGAUAACAGUGGGGCGACCUCCCCGGGCCACAUCUUCACGCGCCUCUCACAGACCUCCGAGAUCUCAAGACGGUCCAUGCCGGCCAUGGGCUACAUCACACACACCGUCAGUGCGCCCAGCCUGCAUGGCAAAACGCCCGAGGAGCUGACUCUGCUCCUCAUUCAGCUGCGGAGGCACCAGGCCAAGAUGGCUGGUGUGCAAAGCCCCGCCGCCGCCGCCGCCGCCGCCGCUCAUCUGCGGCAUCAACAGCACAACGGCCUGCUCGGCCCCAGCAUGCAGGCUGAUGAUACUUACAUCCAACUGAAGAAGGACCUGGAGUAUCUAGAUCUGAAGGUUACCGGACGGGAAAGCCUCAGAAAGGAAACGCACAGGCCCGUGAAAAUAGCGGAGAGCGAUGCCGACGUAAAGUUAAGCCAACUGUGUGAACAGGACAAGAUUCUGCAGGAGCUGGAAGCCAGGAUACGCACACUGAAGGAAGAUAAGGACAAGCUGGAGUCGGUGUUGGAUGUGUCCCACCAGCAGAUGGAGCAGUACAGAGAUCAGCCAGCCCACGUGGAGAAAAUCGCCUACCAGCAAAAACUACUGCAAGAGGAUGUGGUGCACAUCAGGGCGGAAAUAUCCAAAGUGUCCACAGAGAUGGAGAAUGCGUGGAAAGAGUACAUCAGGCUGGAGAAAGACGUCGACUGGCUCAAAGCUGCCCUGCAAGGGCAUAUGACCCGCACUGACCUUUCUCAGCAAGAGAAAGUCCAGAUGAGGAAAGAGCUUUGGAGGGUUGAAGACGUGAUCGCAGGCCUCAGCAGCAGUAAAGACAACUACAAAGUCACUAUCUCCUCUGUGACCAACCCGGAGAGGAAAUUUGUGCCUUCCGUGUCUGCGUCAUCUGUGCCCUCGACGUCUGGGAGCCCGUCUGCUAUGUUGAUGAGAUGGUCCCAGCAGCGGCACAGCACCCACCUCAGCCCCAGCAGCCACAAUGCCACAACCCUCACGCUAUCCUCCAGUCACACUCAACAGCCCUCACUCCACUCCACAGCCAGCACUACCGGGCAUACUUGGGCUGAGGAAGACGUGCCUCCCAGACCGCCGCUACCUCAAGUCUACAGCCUUGACGAGCACCCCCCCGCCGUGCCCCCCCUGCCCAGGGAGACCGCAGUCAUCAGACACACCUCGGUGCGCGGCCUCAAGCGCCAGUCUGACGAACGCAAGCGGGACAGAGAGAUAGGCCAAAAUGGGGAUGUUAAGGUGGAGCUCAGGCCUUUCCUGAGCGAUCCCGAGCUGGUCGGCGCGGGAGACGGCGCCAGCGUCGUGACGUCAUCGGGUCACGGCGGAGGUUAUCAGACAUUACCCGGCAGAGGAGUCGCCGGCUCCUCCCUCAGACGGAAUCACUCGUCGAGCAUCUCGUCUUACGUGACCCUACGGAGAGCAACGUCAGCUCCCGGUGUGAAGGAGCGAUCAAAAAGUGCCUUGGAACGUCUGUACUCCGCGGAGGCGGCGCCUCAACGCGGGAGGAUGAGCGCCGACGAGCAGCUGGAGAGGAUGAAGAGGCACCAGAAGGCCCUGGUGCGACAGCGCAAGCGCACUUUGAGCCACGGCGACCGCCACGCCUCCACGUCGUCGCGCUCCUCCUCGUCGUCCUCCUCGCGCCCUCUCUCGGCCGACUUUGGUUCUUGGAGGCGAGAGCAGGAGUUUGACCUGCAGCUGUUGGAGAGGGCCGUGCAGGGCGAGGAGGCUCAGGCCGUCAGGAGCGUCCAGGGGGAGGAGAGGCCCCCCGAGCACAAAGAGAGACCCCGAUCGCACUCCGACGAUUGGCUGACCUUCACCUCUGAGACCGGGACGCCUCCGACCCACGACGGCCUGGAAACCGAAGACUAUGACGCCGACUUGAUCAAAGAGCUGUCAAAGCCUGAGAAGAUGUUGAUCCCAGAGCGAUAUGUGAAUUUAGAGCCUGAGGAACCUCUGAGUGCUCAGGAGAUGGAGGACCGUCAUCGGAAGGUGGAACGGAUCAAGAGCAUCUUGGCAAAGUCCAGUGUCCAAAACCUGGCGCCGGCAUUAUGCGCAGACAAGUCUGAGGUGAGCCUGCUGGGGCUCAACUCGGUUUUGCAGGAGCAGGAGAGGAUCAUCACCAUGUCCUACAUGCUGGCCUCGGAGGCCUCCCUCAAGAGUAAACAGGUCGCAGUUCCAUCACAGGCUAACAGCCCCGUCCCACCGCUCCCUCCCCCUCCCCCUCCACCGCCCCCUCCCCCUCCUCUUCCUCCUCCUUCUCCUCUUCCUGCUGUAUCCGCGACGCCUUCCGCCUCCUCUCCUCUAAGCAACGGGAUCCACUACACAUUUGUGUAAUGCAAGAAGAAAACUCAAGCAAUUUCUGGACACUGAGAUCUUUUAUGACAAUGGCAACAAACAGCAGGACUCUACAAAAGAAGAUCCUGGAUACAUUUGUACACAUCACUAGAUGAAUGUAGAACAUAUUUAACCUUUUCGUACUGCGCCAACAACCUCUGAAUGGAUUUUUGGGUUUCAAAAAGAAAGCUGCAGCACUGAACUCUUUCAAAAAUAUAUAUAUUUUCUAUAUAUUAUAUUGCACUUUGAGCUGUACACCGUAAAGAAGGCUGAAAUAUUUUUGAGUUGGCUAUGAAUGAACUUUUGUUGUUUGUCCAUGUAUAUAAUGUUAAAAACAAGAGGCACUAAAUCUAUCGUGAUUGUAGAUUUUUAAUCACAAGAAAGAUGGUUUAUUUUUGUUUUUUUUCUUCAAACAAUUUGCCCACAAUAUCAUGUACACAUUUACCAUAGAACUGCCAGUCUUCCGUUCGCUUUCAUUUUUGCCUACAGCAAGAUGGAAUAACAUCACAUAUUUUGCGUGGGAGUGUCAAGAUCGCAAAAUGGCCAUUUAUUCAAAUGUGAAUAUUAGAGCCAUUAACACAAACUUUAGUCAAUGCUGUAUAUGUCUAACUAGCAGUUCAAAUUGGCAGAAUGCAACAUGGAAUGACAAAGGUGUUCAAUACUGGAGCUGCUAUUGUGUACAAAAUUAACAGCAGCGCACGAGAUACAUCUUGACUACGAUCAGAGGUUUGAGGCUUUGAAAGGAAAAUUGUUGACUUAGACGGGAAAUUUAAGAUUAUGGAUAUGUUUUCCAGGUCAGCACAGGCAGCAAAUAUUCCACGUACCGUAAUUUCUCGCGUCUAAUGCGCACCCAUGUAUAAUACGCACCCCCAAAGUUGACCUCAAAAUUCUGGAAAACCCUUCUACCUAUGUAUAAUGCAUUUUUACAAUGCAUGAUUUUGCUUCCACUCAUAUGAUCAAAACAUUAAGUAU